CGGAAAAGGGAAAGGGGGGGGAUGGAGCCCCUGGGAGCUCAGACGUGCUGGGGCUGUGGACUGGGAGCCGCUAGAACGCUCUCCGGGCUGCACAUCCUGCAUAUUUGACGCUCCGUGGAGAUGCCCAGCCGAGGUGCGCGACCCGAGGACGGCUCCGGGCUGGUCCCUACCGACAACUCGACCCAGCACAAGGAAGAUCUCAGCAACAAGAUCAAAGAACAAAAAAUUGUUGUGGAUGAACUUUCUAACCUGAAGAAGAACAGGAAAGUAUAUAGGCAGCAACAGAACAGCGACAUAUUCUUUCUUGCAGACCGAACAGAAAUGCUUUCUGAAAGCAAAAAUAUAUUGGAUGAGCUGAGGAAAGAAUACCAAGAAAUAGAAAACUCAGAGAAGACCAAAAUCAAGAAAUAGUCAACUUGAUUUUACAUAGCAAUGUGUGGC